GCUGUAGAGCGCGCGGGCGCGUGCACGUGCCCCCCUCCGCCACCCUUGCCCCCGCACGCGGAGAAUAUCGUUACCAAAUAGAGAACGCGGGCGCACGCGGAGAUGCGAUGGCUGCAGCAGCGGCAGCGACAUUAACCCUGGAUUGUGUUUACGGCGCAGAGCACGAGAACGGUUCAGAAACGGACACCGCGCGCGCACGAUUCUAAGACGCACAGUCAUUUACGCGCAGUGUGCGCUCUCUCUCUCUUUCUCUCUCUCUCUCUCUCUCUCUCUCUGCCUCUCUCACUCUCUCGCUCCGUCCGUGCGCUUUACUGACUGAGCUGCCUUCAGUUCGGCUCGCUGUUGUUUUGAUGCGCAGCUGCAAAGAGAGAGCGAGCAGCCGCUAUCGCAGAUGAGGAGCGCGAGCGAGCGAGACCAUUUAUCUCUGCCUUCAGAAUAUCACGCACGCGACGCCAGCGCGCUGUUACUGGCAUCUGGAAGGGCCCACUAGCCUCGGGUCUCAUCCCCAUCCAGUGGCGCCGCACUCGGGGAUACCCGAGCGCAUCCCUCUUAAUCUAUCCCUCUCCCUCUCUCUCUCUCUCUUCCAGCCUCCCUCGCUCCAUCACCACAUGCUAGAACCCCCAAAGGGUCUACUAUAGACAGGGACCAGGGGAGGAAGAGGAGGAGGAGGAGGAGGGGGGGGCUGUUCUUUUCGUGGCCGCGGUGGACGCACCCUCCGCGGUGUGAGGCAGGGCUGAAGCGCCGCCGUGUCGGAGGAUGCUGUGGGAGUAGAGAGGCUCAGAGAGGAAGAUGGGGAAGGACCAGGAACUGCUGCAGGCGGUGAAGACCGAGGACCUGCUCACCGUGCAGAAGCUGCUGCAGAGGCCCCGGCCAGGGAAAGCAAAACUCCUCGGUUCAGCAAAGAAAGUCAACGUCAACUUCCAGGACACAGAUGGGUUUUCUCCUCUGCAUCAUGCCGCUCUUAAUGGCAACCUGGAGCUCAUCACUCUGCUGCUGGAGUCGCAGGCUGCUGUCGACAUCAGAGACCAGAAAGGUAUGCGGCCCCUGCAUUACGCAGCCUGGCAGGGGAAGGCGGAGCCUAUGAAGAUGCUGCUGAAGUCUGGUUCGUCCGUCAACGGCCAGUCAGACGAAGGACAGAUUCCCCUGCACCUGUCGGCGCAGCACGGACACUAUGACGUGUCUGAGAUGUUGCUGCAGCAUCAGUCCAACCCGUGCAUCGUGGAUAACGCAGGGAAAACCCCCCUGGACCUGGCCUGUGAGUUCGGCAGAGUCGGGGUGGUCCAGUUGCUGUUGUCCAGUAACAUGUGUGCUGCUCUGCUGGAGCCCAAAAAAGGAGACACUACUGACCCCAAUGGGACGUCUCCUCUCCACCUGGCUGCCAAGAAUGGACACAUAGACAUUAUCAGACUCUUGAUCCAGGCAGGUAUCGACAUCAACAGACAGACCAAAGCUGGCACUGCCCUGCAUGAAGCUGCUCUCUGUGGCAAGACUGAGGCAGUGAGACUCCUGCUGGAAAGUGGAAUCAAUGCCACAGUGAGGAACACUUACAGCCAGACUGCGCUGGAUAUCGUCUAUCAGUUCACUGCAACACAAGCCAGCAGAGAGAUCAAACAACUACUGAGGGAUGCAUCGGCGGCUCUUCAGGUUCGGGCUCUGAAAGAUUACUGCAACAACUACGACCUGACCAGCCUCAACAUCAAAGCAGGGGACGUUAUUACGGUUUUGGAGCAGCACCCUGAUGGACGCUGGAAAGGCUGUAUCCAUGACAACCGUACAGGAAACGAUCGGGUGGGCUACUUCCCGUCCACCAUGGUGGAAGUCAUCAGCAAGCGCACAGGUUUGGCCAGCACAGUCAUUUGCACUCAACAGUUUCAAAAGAUACCGCUGGUUCCCCCGGCGACGGUUGCCCCUGCCAACGCGGUAGUCAACGGCAACGACACCACGUUCCAUCAGAUCCAUAUCCUGCCUCCACCGCCUCCUCCUCCACCACAUUCCCAUCAGCCACUGCUUCCACUUUUCACUUCCUUUGGCUAUAACAGGUCGCCCGUGACAACCCCACAGGGAGACACACCCACUGCCCCAGGUUGUCGCGGUUCAGAGGCAAGUCCUCACAGCUCUCCCACCCCGUCCAGCGGGCCCCAUGGAGGCUCCAACGAAGAGAUCUGGGUACUGCGCAAACCCGUGGCAGGUGGAGACCGCAGCAGUAUGGGCAGUUCUGGCAGUGUCAACAGUGUGAGGUCAUCGGGCAGUGGUCAGAGCGCCGCCAGUGCCGCACACAUCCUACAUGCACAAGCCGAAGGGGUUAAGCUUCUUGCCACGGUGUUGUCCCAGUCUGCCAAAGCUAAGGAGCAUCUCCUGGAGCAGUCAAAGUCUGUGGACCAGCCUGCAGCAGGUUCCGCCAGCUCCUCUCGGACAUCGAGCCAAUCGGGUUGUCCCCUGCACGAAGCGCCGCCUUAUGACGCCACAGCAACCAGGAAGGGGGAGGGUCCAGGCGAGGGGAAGAGCUCAGAGGCCGUUGUCCAAUGGCUGAGCGACUUUCAGCUGCAGGUCUACGCUCCAAACUUCGUGGGUGCUGGGUAUGACUUGCCCACCAUUAGUCGAAUGACCCCAGAGGUAAGGCAACUGAACCCUCAACCCCAGAGAGGUCGCAGGCACCUCCAAGGACCACAAUGGCAACAAAUGUGAUUUGUGCUGUCCUUGAUGUUUGCAAGAUGCAUGUUUAGAAUAAAAUGAUCAAACAAGCACAGUUCAUUUCAUGGCAAAAUAAUACGGUUUUUACGUUGUGUAAAUAAAAUAUAUUUGCAAGACUAAGGGGAUUUAAAGACACCAAAUAAUAAUAAUAAUAAUGAUAGACCAAAUAACCAAAGCCUCCUGUUACAGUGUAGCUAAGCUGCUGCAUCCUGUGCAAUAGCCUGUUUGUAAUGUGACAUUUCGUAAAACAGCACAUGUUCACUUUCUUGUCAAAGGUUAGUUGAGAAGAAAUAUCACUCACACUUGUAAGUCACAUAGAUAUGAAGAUAUCACUUUCAACAUUAGCUUAGGUCAUCACACUGAUUACUUGUUCUCUCUUUAGUCUUUGUGUUACUCUGUGCUACUCGAGCUGCUGCUGGCGCCGGUGUUCCCACUGAAAAUGUACAUUUCCUUAUUACCUCAGUCUGAGGUGUUAAAUCAUUUCAAUAAUUAAAUACAGUGUUCACUUGGAUUUAUGGUGCCCCUAAAGGGACAUGGGGGAAAAAAAUAAAAAUGAAACGUUUUUGGUGCACCAGAAACUAUCUUGUGCGCAUGAGAAAGAUUUUAUUUUUUUUAUUUUUUCCUCAUGUCCCUUUAGAUCUAAUGGAUCUAAUGGCUCUCAAAACCUUGUGAUAAAAUUAUAAAACAGUAUAUGCAAUGAACCCUUGCUCUGGAACAAGUGUUACACAGCAGAAGAACCUGUGUUCUUUUGAAGUAUAUGGAUUUAUAUUGGUCAACAUUACAUAAUUUAGCUUUAAGCAACAAGAAAAGCUGCAAAAGGAAACAAACCUGUCUUUUUAAUAAAAAGCAAUAACACUGCACAUGUUAAGCCAGAUUUAACAGAGGGUAUAGUCUAAUAUUGAUGCUUUUUUUACCAAUAUGUGCAAGCAAACAAUGCUAAACACAUCUAUCUAUUUGUAUUAAAAAUUUAAAAAAUCAGUUAUGGUCUGUCCACCAAUUUUACACACAAGGUUCCUGAUAGGAGUAUAAAGUGUCUUACAUCUCAGAUUUUGUUCUGAGGUAAUGCUGCCAAAAAAAAACUU